AUGGGUGAUUUUUAUGCAUCGAAGGAUUUUAGGGGUUGGAAUAAGGAUCUUGAAAGAUUUUGUUUGCAUGUAGGUAAAGUUAAUAGUAUUCACCACAAAUGUUAUAAUAAGAUACUAGGUUUAUCAAAUCGUCGUCAAUCAAUUCAAGUUGUUCUUGACAAACAUUCUGAAAAGUCAAAAAAUGAGUACCGAAUGCAUUCGGAAGCUUCAAUUAAUGUAGCAAGACUUCUUUUGUAUUAUGAAUUGCCUUUUCGAGGUCAUGACGAAAGUGAAUCUUCAAGUAAUCAAGGCUACUUUUUAGGAUUGUUGCGGUGGCAUGGAGACAACCAUCCGGAUGUGGGAAAGCUGAUAUUAGAAAAAGCUCCACAAAAUGAUACUUUGACUUGUCCUAUGAUCCAAAAGGAUAUUUUCAAUGCUUGUGCUAAACAAACAUUGAAAGUUAUAAUUGCGGACUUGAAUGGAGAUUAUUUUGGUCUAUUAGUUGAUGAAUCCAAAGACAUCUCACACAAAGAACAAAUGGCUCUUGUUUUGAGAUAUGUUGAUAAAAAGGAUGAAGUAGUGGAACGAUUUAUCAGUCUUGUCCAUGUUAGUGAUACAUCGGCUUGUUCAUUGAAGAAAGAAAUUUAUUCUUUGCUUUUCGAUCAUUCACUAAGUCCAUCCAAAAUACGUAGGCAAGGUUAUGAUGGAGCUAGUAAUAUGAAGGGAGAGAUAAAUGGUCUCAAAACUUUAAUUAUGAAAGAUAGUCCUUCGGCAUACUAUAUUCAUUGUUUUGCAAAUCAAUUGCAACUAACACUUGUAGCUAUUGCUAAAAAAUAUGUGAAAGUUGAAGACUUUUUUGAUCAUGUUACUAAUGUGUUGAAUGUUGUUGGAGGAUCUUUUAAACGUCGAGAUUUACUUCGUCAUCACCAAGCCAAAAAUUUGAAGCAAUUACUUGAGUCUGGUGAAGCUCAUACCGGACAAGGAUUAAAUCAAGAGCGUGGGCUUCAAAGAUCGGGUGAUACUCGUUGGGGAUCACAUUUCAAAAUAUUGGAUAACUUUCUUGUUAUUUUUUCAUUCAUUGUUCAUGUGCUUGGAGUGAUUGAAAUUGAAGGUUCUACUUCAAGUGAUAGAAAUCAAGCAGAAUAUCUUUUGACAAAGAAUAUGAAAACUCGUCUUGGGCAAUUGUAA